UGAGCUCGAGGAGGAGUCAAGAAGUCCCUGUUCUCACAUCACACACACACACCCCCCCACUCGUGCCAAUCGAGCUGAGCACUGAUCCAUAUUCCCUGCCAACUCGAGUUCUGCAGCAGUCCUCAUCCAUGCAGCAUCUUCACGCGCAGUGAGAGUGACUUUCCACAGGAGCUCUGAGAGAAAGCUCUUCACAGGGAGAGCAGGUGUGUGUGUGUGUGGCCACAAGGCCCAAAAGAGGACAACAAACAACAAAAUACACCAUGUCCACUGGGAAAAAUGCACCUGCUACAGAAAACUCCAGACAGAUAUCGUUACAGGCCUGUCUUGAUGAAUGCAUGGAGGCCUUGGAUCUGUUUCUCAACAACCACUUCAGUGAGAGUUUGGACAAACUACGGCCACGGUCUAAGGAGAGCAUGUAUCACGCUCUGAUCUAUGCCACAGUAUUAGAGAUGCAGGCCAUGAUGACCUUCCAACACGACGACAUAGUGCAUGCUGGGAACACGAUGAAGAGCGCUCAGGAGGUGUGCCAGAGGUUCCGUAGGAAGUCUGGUGGUCUUGCGAGCCGAGGAGCAAAUGAUGAUCUUUCAGAAGAGCAGCUCCAUGCUGAAGUGUGUUACGCCGAGUGUUUACUACACAGAGCCGCUCUCACAUUCUUGCAGGAUGAGAAUAUGGUUAGUUUUAUUAAAGGAGGAAUCAAAGUACGGAACAGUUACCUCAUAUACAAGGAGCUGAACGCCUUCAUCCAAUCAGACACAGCUUUCAAAGGACCAAACCACAAGCACUUAGAGGGCGGAGUCUCUUUUGGGAUUGGGGCUUUCAAUUUGACUCUUUCACUGUUUCCUGCCCGGUUACUCAAGUUGCUAGAGUUUGCUGGCUUUUCUGGAGAUAAGGAAUUUGGCAUCUCUCAGCUGUACACGGGUGCCACCUCUCAUACCCUGCGCUCCAUGCUGUGCGCCCUCCUCCUGCUCUGUUUCUACACCUUCCUCUCCUUUAUUUUAGGUACUGGAGAGGGUGAGGUGGAAGAUGCAGAGAGAUUAUUGAAGCCAUUUCGACUGCGAUACCCACGGGGAGCCAUUUUUCUCUUCUUUGCAGGUCGAGCUGAAGAAAUAAAGGGCAACAUUGAUGAGGCAGUGGCGCUGUUUGAGGACGGCUGUAAGGCCCAGCAGGCCUGGAAACAGUUUCAUCAUAUGUGCUACUGGGAGCUGAUGUGGUGCUUCACCUUUAAGAGGCACUGGAAGAUGGCGUACUUCUACGCAGACCUGCUCAGCCAGGAGAGCCGCUGGUCUAAGGCCAUGUAUGUGUACAUGAAGGCGGCUUAUCUCAGCAUGCUUCCAGACACAGAAUCCCGGCCGUUUGGGGAUAAUGAGGUGGCUCUCUUCAGGCAGGUACCAACAUACAAACAGAAGAUAGCGGGUAAAUCUCCACCCACAGAGAAGUUUGCCAUUCGUAAAGCGAGACGGUACAAAGCCAGCAAUCCAAUCAGACUUCCUGUGCCUGUGCUUGAGAUGAUGUACAUGUGGAAUGGUUUCUCCAUGAUCAGCAAACAGCCUGAGCUGACGGAGGGCAUGAUGGAGACGCUGUUAGAUGCAGAGCGCACCCUACGGGCCGCUCCGGAGAAUGAGUACUCUGUGGAUGACAAGUGUGUGAUCCUGCUUCUGAAAGGCCUGUGUCUGAAGAACCAAGGCCAGAUGCAGGCAGCAGAGGACUGUUUCAGACAGGUUUACAGCAGUGAAAAGAAGCUGAAGUUUGAUCAUUACCUGGUUCCUAAUGCCCUGCUGGAGAUGAGUCUCCUGUACAUCGACACGGGGAGGAAAGAGCAAGCUAUCCAUCUACUGCAGAAAGCCAAGAAAAACUACAAGGAGUACUCAAUGGAGUCUCGUACGCAGUUCAGGGUCCAUGCGGCCCUCACCAAACUUAAAGCUGACACCAGUGACCAAGAUGAAAUAACAACCUUGUGAGGAACGAUAAUCCUGGGUCAAUGGCGUCUCUUCUCUGAGGACCAGAGCAGAGUUACAUGAUCACUUUACAGAGAGAACGAAAGACCAAAGACACGGUGUGGUUUUUAUGCAGCGUUUCUGCCCAGUGUUAACCCAUCUCUUUUUUUUGGGCGGUACUAUGGGAGACACUAAAAACUUCAUCUGUACGUUCUCCUCCAGGAGGUUAGGCGCCAAAUUGAUGUUUAUUUUAGUCAGAUAAUAAAUAGAUGAAUGGAUAUUUGAAAUGUAAACCAGGGUUUCAGUUCCUUUGUGUUAAAAUGUACAUUUUAGGGAGCAUUAGAAAUCAAAUGAAUAUUUUUUUUUCUCAAGUCCUGUACAGGUUUAAUAAGGGGAAAUGACUAGAAAACUGACAGUGUUUACAAAAAUUUAGACAAACCAUUUUACACUAAGUUGUAAUGAUGAUUAAACGUGUUGAUUAUUGUAAGGCUGAGUGUGGGGUUGAAUACUUUAUUAUUGAUUAUUGUAUUCCUUUCUUGAAUAAAUCAAGAACGUUUAUAAUAAUCAAAUGCUUCAAAUAGCAUCGUAAAUAUUCAGCUGUCAAAUACUAUGGUUAUUUUUUUAUGUAACAUUUUAUUAGUAGAUAAUAUUUAAU